AUGGCACUCUUUACUUUAUUCUUGGCCUUUCUCUCCCUUUUCACAUCCUCUGCGCUGGCCGCCUUUGGCGUUACCAAAUCGUCUUCCAGCUAUGUCGUCGAUGCAGGCUCGGCCAAUCCGUUCAUUGUCACCAUUUCCAGCUCCAGCUGCGACAUCACCUCGAUCAAGUACCGCGGGGAGGAAUUCCAAUACUCGGGCAAGGGCUCUCACAUCUCGUCUGGCCUCGGAUCCGCGACCGUGAGCUCGGAGAUCGUCGACAGCAACAUCGCCAAGAUCACUUGCGCCACCAGCACCUUGACUCACUACAUCAUCGUGAAGUCGGGAGAGAGUGCGCUGUACAUGGGCACUUACUUCAGCGCAGAGCCUUCGAUUGGUGAAGCCCGCUUCAUCGCCCGUCUCGACCAAUCGAAGCUUCCUCUCGAAUAUCCUUUUGGCGUUGCUUCGACCACUGCCGGCAGCAGCAGCACGGUCGAGGGAUCGGAUGUUUUCGUGGUGGAUGGCCAGACCCGUAGCAAGUUCUACUCCAGCCAGCGCUUCAUCGACGACAAGGUGCAGUGCGUGUACCGCGACGACGAUGCGAUCCACGCUUGCAUGAUCCUCCAGCCUCUUUCCUACGAGGGAUCCAGCGGCGGUCCCUUCUUCAGGGAUAUCAAUACCAACAACGCGGGCGACUCGACGAACCUCUACUUCUACAUGAACUCGAACCACGCCCAGACCGAGAGCUACCGCAUGGGCUUCCACGGCCCCUACCAGCUGCAGUUCAGUCGCUCUGGUGUUCCCAGCACUUUUGAUGCGUCGUUCUUCGAGAACCUCAGCCUGCAGGGCUACGUCGCUACCUCUGGCCGUGGCUACGUCACGGGCACUGCUUCGGGUAUUGACAGCAAGUUUGCGAAGGUUGUCCACUGGUACAACGAUGCUGCCCAGUACUGGGCCACUGCCGCGUCCAACGGUGCCUUCACGUCGCCCGCCAUGAAGCCCGGCACCUACACCCAGGUGCUGUACCAGGACGAGCUCAAGGUCGCCACCGACUCGGUCACGGUGAGCGCGGGCUCGACGGCCACCAAGAACAUCGCGUCCACCUUCUCCUUCCCCACGACGCUCUGGACCAUCGGUGACUGGGACGGCCAGCCCGAAGGAUUCCUCAACGCGGACAAGAUCGAGCGCAUGCACCCGUCGGACAGCCGCAUGGCCAGCUGGGGCCCGCUGACGUACACGGUCGGCUCCAGCGCGCUGACGGACGUGCCCAUGGCCAUCUGGAAGGGGGUCAACUCGCCGUUGACGAUCAAGUUCACGCUCAGCUCGUCGCAGACGGGCGCGGCCACGCUCCGGAUCGGCACGACGCUCGCCUUCGCCAGCGGCCGCCCGUCGGUCAAGAUCAACAGCUACAGCCCGACGGCGCCGAGCGCGCCGACCAAGAUCGACUCGCGCGGCGUCACGCGUGGCACCUGGAGGGGUCUCGGCGAGAUCUACACGUUCAACAUCCCGGCCGGCAACCUCGUGUCCGGGUCCAACACCAUCACCAUCGAGUGCAUCUCGGGAAGCUCGGCGGACACGUACCUCCAGCCCAACUUUAUCCUCGAUGCCAUUGAUCUCUACCUCAACUAA